CAAUGGCUCUGCCGGCAGAGCCGAGCGGUGCGGCGGGGAGGCGGCGGCCGGGACCAUGGCGACGGGCGGCGGGCAGGGCCUGCCCGCCCUGCUGCUCCUCCUCCUCCUCCGGCUGUGCGAGGUGAGCGGCCGGGAGCCGGCGUGUCCCCGGCCCUGCGGCGGGCGCUGCCCGGCCGAGCCGCCGCGCUGCGCCCCGGGGGUGCCCGCCGUGCUGGACGGGUGCUCCUGCUGCCUGGUGUGCGCCCGGCAGCGCGGCGAGAGCUGCUCCCCGCUGCUGCCCUGCGACGAGAGCAGCGGCCUCUACUGCGACCGCGGCCCCGAGGACGGCGGCGGGGCCGCCGGCAUCUGCAUGGUGCUGGAGGGAGACAACUGCGUGUUUGACGGGAUGAUUUAUCGCAACGGGGAGACGUUCCAGCCCAGCUGCAAGUACCAGUGCACCUGCCGGGACGGACAGAUCGGCUGUCUGCCCCGCUGUAACCUGGACCUGCUGCUUCCCGGCCCCGACUGUCCUUUCCCCAGAAAAAUCGAAGUCCCUGGCGAGUGCUGUGAGAAGUGGAUCUGUGACCCUAAAGAUGAAGUGAUUCUGGGAGGUUUUGCUAUGGCUGCCUACAGACAAGAGGCCACACUCGGGAUCGAUGUGUCGGAUUCAAGUGCCAAUUGUAUUGAGCAGACAACAGAAUGGAGUGCUUGUUCCAAAAGCUGUGGAAUGGGCUUCUCUACCCGUGUUACCAACAGAAAUCAACAGUGUGAGAUGGUGAAGCAGACACGGCUUUGCACGAUAAGACCUUGUGAAAAUGAAGAGCCAUCUGAUAAGAAAGGGAAGAAAUGUAUCCGAACAAAGAAGUCCCUGAAAGCUGUUCGCUUUGAAUACAAGAACUGCACUAGUGUGCAGACAUACAAACCUCGUUACUGUGGCGUCUGCAAUGAUGGGCGAUGCUGUACGCCACAUAACACCAAAACGAUUCAAGUUGAGUUUCGCUGUCCUCAGGGCAAAGUCCUAAAAAAGCCAAUGAUGUUGAUCAACACCUGUGUCUGUCAUAACAACUGUCCUCAGAGUAACAAUGCUUUCUUCCAGCCAUUAGAUCUGACAUCUAGCGAAGCAAAAAUAUGAAAAGCAUAAAUUAGGUAGCGCGAAAGGUAUAAAUAGUUUAUACAAAACUUGACCCACAAUCAGGUGAAUGUAACAAUUACUUAUGUAAAAUAUCUAAGAUGUUUUUCAAAACAGUCUAGGUGCUUUCUUUUUUCCUGUAGCUUAUUAAAUACCUCACUUUACAUUUUCCCUCUCCAAAUGUCUUUUAUUCACUUGAAGGAAAUUUUGUACCUUGGACAGAGCCUUCUUUUUUCUUGACAGUGGCAUAGAUUACAAAGCGAACAGCUCGACUUUCUCCUUGAGUUAAGGGGAUCAUGCCACGAGUUUCAGUAGCUGUAAGACUGGGCUCUUCAAGAGUAAAUGGAUUCCUUGGGGAAUGCGUGAUACCAUGUUACAUAAGCUUCCAGGUUCUUUACUUUACAUAAUGCAUAUAAACGCUUAAGCAGUGUUUUUUUCCAUUCUAAUGAAACUCUGUUUCUGAUGACAGUAAAAAUCUUACUGAUGAAAUUGUUGCAUUCUUUGUCUUACAAAACACUUUCUAUCUAUACCUCUGACUUUCUCUGAGGAGUAAGUUUACAUAUAGCCCCUGCAAUGACAUAGCUAAGAGCUCUUAUCCUGAAGCACAGCAGAUUGAUAACUGACAGCAAUUAAAUUUCUCUUUAGUAACUUCACUAGCAGUCUAAUCCAAAACCCACUGAAGUCAGUGUCUUAGGAGAACUCGGUUCUAACCAAGGUGUGUCUGUAGAUAUAACUAUUUGGAUGCAAAAAUAAAAUUUCUGUAAAUUCCUCUAAAAUACUAACUGUAUCAUAUGGUGCUUCAUUUCUUAGAAAGGUGUAUAUGUAAAUAGAAACUGUAUAUAUUGUAAUAUAACUUUACUAAGUAAAUAAACUUUAUGUGAUUCAAAAUA